CCAUCACAAAACACAGAAGGUGUAACCUACAGCGUAAACAUGGACACUGCAACAUGCUCAUGUGUUGUUGGUGGGCCAUGCAAACAUCAACACAUUGUUUAUAAGUACUUUUCUAUCAACAAUAUCAACACUAGUCCAGUAAACAGUCCAUCACUUAGAAAAAUAUUUUACACCAUUGCCACAGGAUGCAAAAUGCACGAUCAAUGGUUUUCAUCGUUGAAAUCUGGUGAAAGUGAAAAUGCUAACUCUGCAGUGGAUCAUGAACAUGUGUCUCCCUUGCCUGAUGCAGAUGCUUGUUUGAGUGACAGCAAUACUCAACCCUCAAUGGAUGUAGGCUCUCAUCAUUCAUCUGACAUAGACACUGAUCUUUCAACUAACAUAUCACUUUUAAGGCAGCAUGAGGAACAAGAACAACAUUUCAUAGAACUCCUAAAGGAAAAGGAACUUAAACAUCUUUUGUGAUGCAGUAUCCUGCUCUUUCAACAGUUUAAGCAAAAUAAGACAGAUGCUGCAUUGAUUUCAGCUCUUCAAACUUUUGGUAAAUAUUCUGGUGAGAGGAUGGUGAACAACAAGUACCCAAAAAGAUUAGGAAAAUUGAUUGG